AUGGCGCAAGCGGGCGCCACCCUCCAGAACUACAACAACGACCUCGUCCGCUGCAUCGAGGAGCUGCGAGAGAAGCGCGAGGAGCUAAACCGCUCGGUGGCAGCAGACGAGGAGGAGAAGGGCGCGCAAGAUAGCGUCUCGCAACGACGCGAGUCCGUCAACCUGCAGAAGAAGAAAGCGCCGUCCGCGUGA